CAUGGUCUCCCUCUUACCCCAGACUUUUUAAAGGUCCUGUUUGCCUCAACUUCUCACACCCAAUCUAAUAGACUUUCAUUUAUAAGGCAACCUUGAACUCGAAUCUCAUCACAGCUACUACAAUCCAUCCAUAACAAUGUCGAACAGAACCGGUCUCUACGCUGCUCUUGCUGCCGCUGGUGUUGGCGGUUACUAUCUGUAUCGGGCCGGUGGUGACCCAAAGGCUGCGAAGCAAGAGAUUAAACAUGAUGCCGAUGUAGCCCGCAACAAGGUCUCUACGGACAAGGCCGAGAAAACUGGCCAAAAAGUUGGUGCGGAGGCUGGUGCGCAUAUUGACGAAGCGGUGGCAAACGCCCGCACCCAAGCACAAGAUGCCAGCAACCGUGCUUCAGGACUAGCCCACGAAAGUCUCGAUAAGCUCAACGACGUGCGGCAGGAUGCGGCGGCAACGAUCAAGGCCAACGUUGAUAAAUUUGAUAAGACGGUGGAGCAGAAGACGAAUGAGGCGAAGGGAUCUCUGUCGAGCUGGUGGAGCGGUAGCAAGUAAUUUGGAGGGACUUUGCGUCUGGGAAUUGAAUAAAGCGCGUUAUUGCAAUGUUUUAAUUAUGUUAAUAUCAGCUAGCUCAUAUCCUCUUUCAUGAACGCGAUUAAUGCUAUUAUUUUUCAUU